AUGAUUCAUCUGAGCAAGUAUACGCUGUCGUUUGAGACGAUGACUGAUUCUAGCGGGACAGUGCUGGACACGUUUCUGCCCAAUAUCAAUGUCAUAGAGAAAACGGGGCAUAUAGCACGAAACGAGUCGCCUGGAGACGACACCUACACUGUAUUUCUGAAUGAUCAGCGCAUCGCCCUCUGUAAUCUCACCUCGUACAGGAUCGGUGAUCCGAGCCUUUAUAUCCCUGUUGGCGCAUCCAAAGCCUUUGCAUUCGGCCCAUGGAAAGAUCGAGCUGCCAACAUGCGGAACGUGAAUCGCUACCCGCCCGGAGCCGAGGUAUACAGUAGCCCGAUGACCUCGCAAGAUGGUCUGGUUGAAUCUGUGGCGUUACCAACAUCCCUUCCGGGCUGA